AUGAAGCGCAAGUCAGAGGGCGGGCCCGAGGGCAGAGCCCAGUCCCCGGGGAAGAAGCUCUGCAAACGUUCCGAGCGGGGCAGGAUGCUGGGUCCUUGCAUCGCCCGGCCUGUGGCCACUUUUGGGGAUCUUCGGAAUGCCAAGGCUAGCCAGGCACGCUGCCGGCAUGUCCCCCCUGUGGCUCCGCCCCCUGAGCUGCAGGACUGGUUGCGCACUUUCCAGCACUGGAGUGGCCCGGAGAAGCUGCUGGCCCUGGAUGAGCUCAUUGACCGCUGUGAGCCCCCCCAGAUUAAGCACAUGAUGCAAGUGAUUGAGCCCCAGUUCCAGCGUGACUUCAUCUCGCUUCUGCCAAAGGAGCUGGCUCUCUAUGUCCUCUCCUUCCUGGAGCCUCGGGACCUGCUCCGAGCUGCGCAGACGUGUCGCUACUGGCGCAUUUUAGCCGAAGACAACUUGCUGUGGCGGGAGAAGUGCCGCGAUGGAGGUAUUGAGGAGCCGCUGAGCCUGCGUAAGCGUCGGCUGCUGAGCCCAGGCUUCAUGUACAGCCCUUGGAAGUUGGCCUUUCUGCGGCAGCAUCGCAUUGAUAUGAACUGGCGCAAUGGAGAUGCCCGGCCCCCCAAGGUCCUCAAAGGUCACGAUGACCACGUCAUCACCUGCCUCCAGUUCUGUGGCAACCGCAUUGUCAGUGGCUCCGAUGACAACACGCUCAAGGUUUGGUCAGCCAUCACUGGUGAGUGUGUGCAGACUCUGGUGGGACACACUGGUGGCGUUUGGUCCUCCCAGAUGAGGGACAAUAUCAUCAUCAGUGGCUCUACAGACCGGACUUUGAAAGUGUGGAACGCAGACACUGGCGAAUGUGUGCAUACUCUCUACGGUCACACCUCGACUGUGCGCUGUAUGCAUCUCCAUGACACCAGGGUGGUGAGUGGCUCUCGGGACGCCACUCUCCGUCUUUGGGAUAUAGAGACUGGGCAGUGCCUCCAUGUGCUAAUGGGACAUGUGGCUGCUGUGCGUUGUGUCCAGUACGAUGGGCAUAAGGUGGUGAGCGGUGCCUACGACUACACGGUGAAAGUCUGGGAUCCGGAGACAGAGAGCUGCACCCACACUUUGCAAGGCCACACCAACCGGGUCUACUCCCUGCAGUUUGACGGCACCCACAUUGUGAGUGGCUCCCUUGACACCUCAAUCCGUGUAUGGGAUGCCGAGAGCGGCAACUGCUUGCACACCCUGAUGGGGCACCAGUCCCUCACCAGCGGCAUGGAGUUGCGGGACAACAUCCUCGUCUCUGGCAAUGCUGACUCCACUGUGAAAAUUUGGGAUAUCAAGACGGGGCAGUGCUUGCAAACUCUCCAAGGACCCAGUAAGCACCAGAGCGCAGUCACCUGCCUCCAGUUCAGUUCCAAGUUUGUCGUGACCAGCUCAGACGAUGGCACAGUCAAGCUGUGGGAUCUCAAGACGGGGGAAUUUGUGCGCAACCUGGUUGCCCUGGAAAGUGGGGGCAGCGGAGGGGUCGUCUGGCGCAUCCGUGCCUCCAACACCAAACUCGUGUGUGCUGUUGGCAGCCGCAAUGGCACCGAAGAAACCAAGCUGCUGGUGCUGGACUUUGACGUGGACCUGAAAUGA